AUGGCGUCGCCAUCACCUCAGCCCGAUCUCGACCGCAAUAGGCUUCCGACUUUGUUCGAAGUCUUGAGCGGUCGAACGCUCCCGCCCGUUGACUUGUUUUCCUUCUACAUUUAUAUGCGAGACCAGCAGCGAUCAGUAGAUUACCUGGACUUCUGGCUCGAUGUCGCUCAACAUAUGUCUCUGUGUCGACAUUAUGUUCGUGAACUUCGAAGAUCGGUUCUCGUCGGAACUCCCGAGCCGGGUUCCAAGCGUUCGUCGGCGAUUCUCGAAUCCCUUGGUGAAUUAAACCACCCCGUCGCCGGCCCGUCUAUGUACGCGACAGAAAAGGAACGAUCUCAGGACGCCCAGAUGUCAGCUUUCCUCCGGGAAGAUCAACUAGGCGCUCAGGACUCCCCGCACGGCAGCAACAACCGAAACAGCCCUCGAACCGCCGAUACGCCUCUGGACCCCACCUCUGAUUCAAACUCCCCCGCCAACGCCGUCGUCCGCCAGGAUAUUCGGGCCUCGGCCGAGAAGAUCCUUUACACAUUCCUCCUCCCCGGCGCCGAGCGAGAGAUUACGCUUCCCGACUCUAUUACCCGCGACAUCACCAUUGCGAUCGAAGAGCAAGGCCGUGAUGACCCCGAAGUGUUUGACGUGGCUAAGGACUACGUCUUCCAAGCGAUGGAGCGAGAUGCAUUCCCCGGAUUCCUUAGGAUGAAGGCUCUUGGCAACCUCAUCCCCCCGACUUUGAUUUUGAGGCUGAUUCUCGGUCUUGUUGCUAUGUUCGGCGCCUUCUGGACUAGCUUCAUUCUCAUAUUCCUUGAUCGGUCUCGGGAGACUAGGCUCUGGCUUAUUCUUCCAUUCACGGUUGGAGUUUACUGUCUUGCCUCCUACCAGUACUCGGUGGAUCCCAUCCUAGCACUUAUUGGCCUCAGCGAGUACACCCCUUUCAAUUUCUCGAGAAUCCGCGAGCCUUACGUCCGCAAACUACUUGCCAAGCGUGCCAUUAUGGUUUUGGCCGUGACUAUCCUCAUCGACGCGGCCCUUUGCGUUUUGUUCAUCCUUGUCCCUGGCAAACGACUUUAA